AUGGUGACUGACUUGAAUACACAGGUUGUCUGUGCUGAGAAAGGAGGAUCUGCUGAUGAACCAAAAGUAACAUGUAUUAUCCGGAAUAUGGUGAACAAUCAAGCCACUACCAGGCAUACAGUGACGUUACCAGUUUGUAUGGGUGUCAGUGAAGCUGCUGCUGAAAUAUCCAAAAUAACAGGAUUCGAACCUUCAACUGUUUCUGUUACAUAUGAACGUCACAAUGGAGACAAAAUGGAAGAAUUAAGAUUUGAUGUGAUGGAAAAUCAGCCAAUUUCUAUGGUUUGUAAUUUAGAUGCUAAAAGACAAGAUUUUUACGUCCUGGAGAAAGAAGGAGUUUCUCCUAAGAAAAUUGAGCCAACAAGUCCUGAUUCGUCUCUGGGAGAGGCCUCAGGCUAUCAGAGUUCAACAUUACCACCCAGCUAUUCUGCUACUUGUGAUUCCUCUCUAGGACUAGGGUCUUCUUCUUCUACAGACUUUAAUUCGUGUUCUUAUUCUCAGGCUGUUAUGAAAUCAGAUACAGGUUAUACAGGGUUAGUUAAUCAGGCUAUGACAUGCUAUCUCAACAGUUUAUUACAAACAUUGUAUAUGACUCCAGAAUUUAGAAACGCUUUAUACAGGUGGGAAUAUGAUGGAAAUGAGGAAGAUUCAGUUAAAAAUAUUCCAUAUCAUUUACAGAGAUUGUUCCUCCAGUUACAGACUUCUAAGAAAAGAUCAGUGGAAACUUUAGAUUUAACGAAAAGUUUUGGUUGGGACAGUAGUGAAGUUUGGCAGCAGCAUGAUGUACAGGAACUAUGUAGAGUUAUGUUUGAUGCUUUAGAACAGAAAUGGAAGAAAACGAAACAAGCCAAUCUGAUCAAUCAACUGUAUCAGGGCAAAUUAAAAGACUAUGUUAAAUGUUUAGAGUGUGGUUAUGAAAGUGCUAGAACAGAUGCUUAUUUAGAUAUACCACUAGUUGUUCAACCUUUCGGCUCAAAUAAAGCUUAUGGCAGUGUGGAAGAAGCUAUGAAUGCCUUUGUUCAACCUGAAACAUUAGAAGGUUCUAAUCAGUAUUUCUGUGAAAAAUGUAAUAAGAAGUGCAAUGCUCACAAGGGUUUAAAGUUUAUUACGUUUCCCUAUCUGUUAACCAUGCAGUUAAAGAGAUUUGAUUUUGAUUAUUCUACAAUGCAUCGUAUUAAACUUAAUAAUAGAAUGACGUUCCCUGAGUUGUUAGAUAUAAAUCAGUUUAUUGAUGAUUUGGAAGAGAAAGGUGAAAGUAAUAAUGAUAAACAUGAAGGUGAAGCUGCAGCUAAUGGACCUGUAGAUAGUAGUGAUGAAGGUAUUGAUGAAGGUAUAGAAAUAGAGAAUAGUCUAUCUGGUACAUCAUCUAGUAGUGAUUCUUCCAGUGUAGGUAGUGAUGGUACUACUAAUGAUCACAGUAAUGGUAAAAAUAUACUACAGAUUACUAAGAAAAAGGGGCCGUAUAUAUAUGAUUUGUUCUCUAUUAUGAUCCAUUCUGGUAGUGCUGCUGGUGGACAUUAUUAUGCCUAUAUCAAAUCAUUUGAAGAUGGUCAAUGGUAUAGUUUUAAUGACCAACAAGUUACAAGGAUAACCUAUGAUGAUAUACGUAAAGUAUAUGGUGGUUCUAGUGCUACCAGAGGUUUCUAUUCUUCAGCUUAUGCUAGUUCUACCAAUGCGUAUAUGUUGAUGUAUAGACAAAGAGACAAAAAAAGAAAUUCAGCUUUUCUGUCACCAGAAGAAUUCCCAUCCUCUUUACAAGAAGAAUUGAGACGACAGGAAGAGAAGGAAGAAGCUGAGAGAAAACAGAGAGAAAUAGAUAGAUGUACUUGUAAG